UCCGGUAAGAGAAAUCUGGGUGUGGAAUUGAGGAAAUACUGGUUAGGGCAGGGCAUACCUUUGUGUAAGACAAGAAAAGCAAAACAUACACGUUGGUUACUGAAAGUAAGACAGACAGUACAGAUGGUAGAAACAGUGAAGGAUAUCAAUAUAUCUAAGCCAAAUAGUGCACCAUAGCUAGAAUAUUCGACUGAAACUUUAUCAACAAAAUCUAUCAUAGAAUACAAAAAAUAUGGGAAAAUAAGGAGAUAAACUAACGCAGUUCCUCUUUGCUACACAUCUCGGCGUCAUGUCGACUUCAACUAAUGUAACAAGCCUGUGUGAUUCAGAGGACAGGUUAUGCAUAACACGGGUAUACCAACCGGAACUCAUAGUGAUUCCAGUGUUGCUGCUGGCAGCAUUCCUCUGUAUGAUGCUAAGUUUGUGUUUUCUGACGCUGUUCCAUAAGAAGGAGAUGCAGCAUAACUCUCAAAGACAACACGGCAGCAACAGGAGGCAGCACCUGCAGGGCAUUGAUGCACCACCGGAGCUGAACCCUUUGGACUGUGAAGUUGUACCUAUGACAGUCCACAAGUCCAACACACAGCCUGCAGAACUGCACUUGUCCACUGAGAGGCAGCAUUGUUCUUUUGAGCAAAUCACCCCACUGUCCCUGUCUUUCACAGUAAAACCAGAAAACAUUGUCACUCUCUACCAGGCCACUAUGGAACAGAAGCCUGUUGUCUUACGAGUGCUCAAUGAAUCAGCAGAUUCCAGGGAGCGCCAGGUCUUCUUGGGCUUUGCCCACUUCCUAUCAGAACUGGGGCCUCAUCCAUGCCUGCCCAGACUACUAGGGGUUGUGAGAGACAGGGUACCCCUAAUUAUGAUUUUGGAGGGGCUAGAGAACAGAGAUCUUCUAGGAUUCUUAUGGAGAUGCAGAAAGGAGCCCCCAGGUCUGGCGGCACCAUGCGCUAUUACAGAAAGAUUGCUUUUCUCAAUGGCAAGACAGAUCGCGUCCGCUCUGGAACAUCUACACAGUAAGAACUGCACUCAUGGCAACAUUGGUGCACGAAGUGUCUUGGUUGAUGGAGACCUCUCCGUAAAGCUCUGGGGCUUUGGCCCAGCUUUUCAUAGGAGGAUGCAGGUGGGGACUUCAGGGGAGGUGAAGAAAAUAGAGAUGAGAAAGUGGCAAGCUCCAGAGGUGUUAGCCCAUCAACCUGUCAGUCAAAGGAGUGAUAUAUGGUCAUUUGGUAUCUUGCUAUAUGAAAUGGUAACAUUAGGGGAACCCCCCUUCCCGAAUGUAAUGGCCAGUGAACUCCUGCAGUACUUACAGAGAGGGAAAAACCUAAAGAGACCAAAAACCUGUUCCAAGUCACUAUUCUCUAUCAUUAAGGCAUGUUGUCAGUGGAGACCACAAGACCGAGCUCCACUGAAGGAGGUGAUUUCAAUGCUCCAGAGAGCUGAGAGCCAUGCCAGUGACACGGUGCUACUUCAAGCACCUGAGCCACUGGACAUUGAGAAGUACAUGCAGGCAGCAGGCUACGGAGAGGCUUACAAUUUUGCUUUCCUGUAAUACAAUUUGAAAAUACUUUCGCAUAUGUGCAUUUUGUAGUUUACAUUCACAUGAAUUACAUACACUUACUGUAUACUUCUGUAGGCCUAAUUAUAGUGUUAUUUAUAUUGUGGGGUGUGGUCUGCCGCGGGGAGGGGGAUACGGUGCACAGAGAUACUGCAGGGUUGGGGGCGGUGGUUGGGGGGUAGCAGAACUGAUUUUUAGUUUGGUAACUUAUUUGGUAAUAAACAUAAACGUUUAAAAAAAUAAUUGUGUGUAACAUAAUUGUGUGGUUAUGUUGAACUCCUGCUUGUGCAAUAUUGCUUAAUUAUCUACAUACAGUAUAAACAUGUCUCAAAAUUGUAUGUCUUUUCGGUGUUAUUAAGAUUGAAGCAUGCAUUUUUUAUAAAUAUAUAUACAUAUA